ACGACGCCCCGCCCCUAAACGCAGAGCUGUUUGUUUAUAUAAUCUUGGUGAAGAGAUUUGGUGGUUACAGUUUGUCGACAUAACAAGUAAGAAUCAGGACAGGGCGAGUCAUUUAAUCCGGUUCGAGCAUGUAUUUUAAGAUGAUUGUGCCGUUUUUGGCCGUGAUUUUGGCCGUGGCGAGCGCUGGGUUGACUGGAGCCCCAAUGGACGCAGACAUGAACGAUGAAGGGGUUAAGAGUGCGUUACAGUUCGCCGUGGCCCAGUACAACAGACAAAGCAACGAUGCGUUUGUGCGUCAAGUUUCCGAGGUCAUCAAGGUCCAAAGACAAGUUGUCUCUGGCAUGAAAUACAUCUUCACUGUGAAAAUGGGCAGAACCAGCUGCAGAAAGGGUGGAGCUGAGACACUGUGUGCUGUUCAUGAGGAUCCAAGUUUUGCACGGGCCACCGAGUGCAAAAUAAAGGUCUGGAGCCAGCCAUGGAGAAACUUCAUUAAAGUCCUUGAGAACACCUGUCUGGCCUAGAGCUUGUUACUAAUGCAGUUUGAGGCUUUUAACAUUCAUGCAGCAAUACAAUGGACUUGUUAUUAGUAAUUACGAUGAAUCUUAAGUCUUCUAAAUCUAAAUUUUAUGUGUCCUGAAACCCUGGCAACAACAGAUCACGAUAAAAGACACUUCUGCUUCAAUGUGUAGCAAUUCCUAAAUGGUAAAACGCAUGUUUAGUUCAUCCUUUACUAAUAAAACAUGGUUGAACACAA